GACUGUACUGAUUGUACUGUUUGAGUCAUUCCUCGUGCGUUAUGUUUGGAUCUAGGUGAGUUAGGAACUGAUAGCCAAUCCCGGUGUCGGGGGCGGAGCUUUAGGGAACACGGGUGGGGUAAAAAAAAAAAAAAAAAAAAAAGCAGCUCGAGCGGUGAUGGCCCGGGACGCUUCGGACUCCCGCGAGCAGCUCGUUCACUGACCGGCCACUGGAGCUUUGCCUUCGCGCCCCCUCGCUGUUUCACCCGGACCCCCAGACCACCCAGAUCAUCCAGACCUCCAGAUCAUUCAGAUCACCCAGAUCAGCUCCUGCUCGGUCAUGUUCACCCGCAGCUCUAAGAAGAGAAACUCCAGUCAGUCGCCUACUGCACUAGAUGACCCGGAAAGAGGCCAGCCCUGUAAUGUGUGUGGAGAGCAGUGUCCUGGCUUUGUUGUGCAUAAAUGGAGAAAGAUCUGUCUGCACUGUAAGUGUCCUCGUGAGGAUCAUGUUGUGACGGUCAUGCCUCUGGAGAUGGAGAAGACCGUGACCAAGCUGAUGUACGACUUUCAGAGGAACUCCACGUCUGACGAUGACUCGGGCUGCGCUCUGGAGGAGUACGCCUGGGUGCCUCCCGGCCUCAAACCUGAACAGGUGCAUCAGUAUUACAGCUCCAUCCCAGAGGACAAGGUACCAUAUGUGAACAGCCCUGGAGAGAAACACCGUAUCAAGCAGCUCCUGCACCAGCUACCCCCCCACGACAAUGAGGUGCGGUACUGUAACUCUCUGGACGAUGAGGAGAAGAGGGAGCUGAAGCUGUUCAGUAAUCAGAGGAAGAGAGAGAACCUGGGCCGAGGAAACGUCCGCCCGUUCCCCGUCACCAUGACCGGAGCCAUCUGUGAACAGUGCGGUGGUCAAAUUAACGGUGGUGACAUUGCCGUCUUCGCGUCUCGGGCGGGUCACGGCGUGUGUUGGCAUCCUCAGUGUUUUGUGUGCAGUAUGUGUGAUGAGCUGCUGGUGGACCUCAUCUACUUCUACCAUGACGGGAAGAUCUACUGUGGCCGACAUCACGCCGAGAGGCUUAAACCCCGCUGCUCGGCCUGCGACGAGAUCAUCCUAGCAGACGAGUGCACGGAAGCAGAAGGCAGGCACUGGCACAUGAAGCACUUCUGCUGUUUCGAGUGCGAGACGGUCUUGGGGGGUCAGCGCUACAUCAUGAAGGAGGGCCGGCCAUAUUGCUGCAGCUGUUUCGAGUCGCUCUACGCGGAAUACUGCGACUCCUGUGGCGAACACAUUGGUAUUGACCAAGGCCAGAUGACUUAUGACGGUCAGCACUGGCAUGCCACCGAGUCCUGCUUUUGCUGCGCCCGCUGCAAGAAGUCCCUCCUUGGUCGUCCAUUCCUGCCCAAACAGGGCCAGAUCUUCUGCUCGCGGGCAUGCAGCGUCGGGGAGGAUGCCAAUGGUUCAGACUCCUCUGAUUCAGCGUUCCAGAACGCCCGUACCCGCGAGGCCCGCCGGAGCAGCUCCAAAUCUAGCAAGACCAGCUGCAGUGGAGGUGGUGGAGGAGGAGGAGGAGGAAGUGGUGGGAAGAGCUCUACUGCCCGCUAUUCUACCGACGUGGACCCUCUGUCCCUACAGAUGGACCUCCUGAGUCUGUCUAGUCAAACCCCCAGCCUGUCCCGAGAUCCGCCCUCCUGGAAGAACCAGAACGAAAUGUAUGGCUACGAAAGCCGCAAUGAACCCUCCCCCACCCCGCUCCAACUGCUGAGUCAGUGCAACAUCCGGACAUCCUAUUCCCCCAACCCUUCCCCCGGGCACCCUCAGGACAACCGGCCUAAAGAGCUGGCACCACCCAAGAAACCAUCUAUAUCUGCCCUGAAGGGGCAUUCCUUUAACGAGAACUGGUUCCAGCCAGAGACAGAAGACUAUUACCCACCCAAACUGAAGCCGCAGGCUAGCUUUAACGAGUUGCCGGCCAAUGGCUUUAUGGACAAACGCUCUAUCAGCUUGCAUGUGUUCCAGAGGGAAAGGGAACGGGAUGUAGGACCACAGGUGGGUCGCAGCAGGAACCCUAUCAGCGCACUUAACUUCAGCGAACAGCUCACACCACUGGAGCAAACACCACGGGGUUCCAUGGAGUCACUGGCGUUGUCCAAUGCUACAGGUACUUCUGCAGAUGGUGGUGGCAAGAGACAGGAGCACCUUUCUCGUUUCUCCAUGCCAGACCUCAGCAAGGACUCUGGCAUGAAUGUCUCUGAAAAGAGCAACAUGGGAACUCUUAACUCUUCUGUCCAGUUCCACAGCUCAGAGUCUCUCCGCAGCCUCAACACUGGUCAGCCUUACCUGGAGAUGGAUCCACCUGUGCAAGUGAAGUACCCGCUACCCUACACACAGGAACUACCUGGAAUGACCGCCCUGCCAUCUGGUUUCACCUAUCAGGAGGAAGACAGGGCAAGUUUGGCUCGGAAUUCUAACAAUGCCCGCCUACCACCCAUGAGCGAACGGACUCACAGACGUGCUGCUGAUACGUCGCACCUGGAGGAGCCGCGAAGAAAGCACCACUAUCAUCGCUCGCGCCGUUCAAGACGUUCCCGAUCUGAAAAUGCCCUGAACCUGGCAGCCGAGAGGCGCCCGGCAUUUCCAGAACGAUCGCAGCCACGAGUCCGUGAGGAUUAUGAUAGAUUCCCGCCUCCACGUGGACCGAGAGACUCUUUGGAUGCCCGGUCAAGACAGCAGUCCUUCAGGCCGUGCCCUCGGACAACUUCAGACCUCACGCUCCAGAACCCCACACCACGUCGCCACCUGGGCCAGUACGGCUGGGACCAGUAUGAUUACGACGACGACUGGUGCUCCACCUGCUCUUCUUCGUCCGAGUCUGAGGACGAAGGCUACUUCUUGGGAGAGCCUAUUCCCAAGCCGGUACACUUGAGGUACAUGAACAGUGAGGACUUGCUGCACAAGUACAACACUUCCGGACUUACAGGAUCUGGGCAUUUGGGCAGCCGAGGACAGUUACACACUCGCAAGCGCAGGAAAAGCAAGAACUGCAUUAUAUCCUAAUACCGAGCCCAGAGGGACUACAUUUCUUGCACAAUAAUAAGAAUUCACCUCUUCCCCUUCCAACACUUCCCCAACUUUCCCAAUCAAGUAUUGUGAGGUUGUUAAUGAGUGAUCUGCAGUAAUUCCAGUAGUGUCGCAUUGCACAUGCUUCUGCAUGGUUUUCGUCUUCUUCUUCUUUGAUAUCUGCAAAUAAUCCCAUGAGUACACUAGUGCAUCCAAAAUCCGAGAUACCAAGCCUACCACCCCCCACACCCCACCCCUCUUUAUUGCGGAAGCCAAUGUGCAAGCAGUUGUGCUUCAUUUAACCUGUUCAUAGCCAGCACAGUAUGAGUUUUGAGUAUGGUGCCGCUUUUUACUUUCAUUGCAGUGUGUUUCUAUUACGGUUAACAGUUUAUUCAGUAACUACAAGGUGUAUAUUAAUAAAAGAACGAAUUAAUAAAUUGUUCACUAAAUUAAAGAUGUAAAGUAAAUAAAAUGUAAAAAUGUUGUAAAAAUGAUGUAUCACAUAUUUUUAUAUUUUGUAUUAAUAGAAGCAAUUAUGAAUUGAGUAUAAUGUAGAGAGUAUAAUGACUAGGAACGCAUGCACGUUAAUUUGCUUUUUGUUUUGUCUUGUAUUUGAGAUUAAAAGAGUAUUGCGAUGAGCA